UUCUUUUCCCUCCUGUCGUUCUCAGGCGAGUCUAAUUUUCUAUGUUGUUUUGCUUUGUAUCGCAUUUAGUUCUUAAUUUUAUUCUAAACAUCAAGCAUAAAGUUUGUGUUUUUUUUGUUGCAAGACAAAACCAACAAAUCACUAAAUAACCAACAAACCGCUCGGUUCCUGCUCACCGACUGUCCUGAGCUCUAAUGAGAUUAACCCGGAGAGUAGUAUCGCCGUGCUUUGGCUCAGUUUGUUGUUGUCUGUCACCCGUUAAUGGCGCUCUGAAAGUAACGGAGGCGCGCGCGCUGAACCUACAGAGCUCGUGCGUGCUCACCUGUGUCCGGGGUUUAACCCGGAAUUCUGGGGUGUUUUAAAGCGCGCGCGCGCUGCUUUGUUCGAGUGGACUGUAGCCUUCUGUAACAUGAAGUAUCAGAAAUACAUCACGGUGAUGCAGAUGGCUAUGGGAGUGACCGCGUCCAACAAAGACGACUGUAUCCCCCCGAAAAGACAGCUAUGGGUGCCACCCAGCUCAGACGCCGCCACCUCGUCCAGCGCGGUGCCCCCCGGAGCGGCGGCGAGCCAGGGGAAGCCGUCACUGCGCAGGAUCAAGGGUCGGGUUCAUCGCAGCAAGAGCCUGGACAGCAUCGACCUGCUGGACGGCAACAGUGCAGCGAUGGAGGAAACCAUUAUAUGGGAGCAGCACACGGUGACUCUUCACAGGGCUCCAGGAUUUGGAUUUGGUAUUGCCAUCUCAGGAGGACGAGAUAACCCUCAUUUCCAGAGCGGAGAGACUUCCAUCGUCAUCUCUGACGUCCUGAAAGGAGGACCGGCAGAGGGGCUUCUACACGAGAAUGACAGAGUGGUGAUGGUGAACGCGGUCUCCAUGGAUAACGUGGAACACGCCUACGCCGUCCAGCAGCUCAGGAAGAGCGGAAAAAAUGCCAAAAUCACCAUUCGGCGUAAACGCAAAGUCCAGAUCCCGGCGGCUCGGGGGGGCGACAGGGAAACGAUGUCUGAACGUGAGGAGGACACAGAGGACGAGGAAUUAGCCGGGCCGGGAGUCAAAGCCGGCACGGGGACCAACAGACGCAGUGAGCGGAGUGCCAGUCUGGGGCGGAGGGAACAGAGUGCGUCUCCACGGUCAGACAGACGCUCCGUCACCUCCGCCGGAGCGCAACGACCCUCCAACGUCACGCUGGUCAAAUCACGCAAGAACGAAGAAUACGGGCUCAGACUGGCUAGCCACAUUUUCGUGAAGGACAUCACACCUGAAAGUCUAGCGGCCCGAGACGGAAACAUACAGGAGGGAGACGUUGUACUGAAGAUAAACGGCACCGUGACUGAGAACUUGUCCCUGACAGACGCUAAGAAACUGAUUGAGCGCUCGAAAGGCAAGCUGAAAAUGGUAGUGCAGCGAGACGAGAGAGCCACACUCCUCAACGUUCCCGACGUGGAUGACAGCAUUCCUUCCGGCAACUCCGAACGUGAUGAUAUUUCUGAAAUCCAUUCCCUCACCUCCGAUCAUUCCCAUGAGCAGCUGCGUGCUGCUUACUCGCGUUCUCCAGACAAGCGCUCCGAUCCUUCUGACAUCUCCGGCCAGUCGCCUCAACAGAUCAGCAACGGAAGCCACAGGAGUCGGGAUGAGGAGCGCAUCUCGAAGCCGCCGAUUGUGUCAACUCCAGUGAAGAUGGUGGAAGAUGCUCUGCUUGUCCCCAGCAGCGAGGAGACGGACACCCAGAUUCCUCCACUGCCAGAGCCGAAGCCAGUGUACGCUCAGCCAGGACAGCCGGAUGUAGAUCUGCCCGUCAGUCCCUCCGAUGCCCCCGUACCCAGCGCCGCACAUGACGACAGCAUCCUGCGCCCCAGUAUGAAGCUGGUGAAGUUUAGGAAAGGAGAGAGCGUGGGUCUGCGGCUGGCAGGAGGUAACGACGUGGGGAUCUUUGUGGCUGGAGUUUUGGAGGACAGUCCUGCAGCUAAAGAGGGUCUGGAGGAGGGGGAUCAGAUACUCAGGGUAAACAAUGUUGACUUUGCGAACAUCAUCCGUGAGGAAGCCGUGCUGUUUCUGCUGGAUCUGCCACGAGGAGAAGAGGUCACCAUUCUGGCCCAGAGGAAGAAGGACGUGUAUCGGCGGAUCGUGGAGUCCGACGUGGGCGACUCCUUCUACAUCCGUACCCACUUCGAGUACGAGAAGGAGUCUCCGUACGGCCUGAGCUUCAACAAGGGCGAGGUUUUCCGGGUGGUGGACACGCUGUACAACGGAAAGCUGGGCUCCUGGCUCGCCAUCCGCAUCGGCAAGAACCACCAGGAGGUGGAGAGGGGCAUCAUCCCCAACAAGAACAGGGCCGAGCAGUUGUCCAGCGUCCAGUACACUCUACCCAAAACCCCCGGCGGUGACCGCGCCGAUUUCUGGAGGUUCCGCGGACUUCGCAGCUCCAAGAGGAACCUGAGGAAGAGCCGGGAAGACCUUUCCGCUCAGCCGGUGCAGACCAAAUUCCCCGCGUACGAAAGGGUUGUCCUUAGGGAAGCCGGGUUCCUGAGGCCUAUAGUGAUCUUUGGGCCCAUUGCUGAUGUUGCCCGAGAGAAACUGGCCAGAGAAGUGCCUGAUCUGUUUGAGCUUGCCAAAACACAGCGCCCUGCAGACAGGGAAAAAAGCGAGCCACGAGACGCAGGGACGGAUCAGCGCAGCUCCGGAAUCAUCCGACUUCACACCAUCAAGCAGAUCAUCGACAAGGAUAAACAUGCCGUGUUGGACAUCACCCCCAACGCGGUGGACAGGCUGAACUACGCUCAGUGGUACCCCAUUGUGGUGUUCCUGAACCCCGACAGUAAGCAGGGGGUGAAGAACAUGAGGACGAGGCUGUGUCCCGAGUCGAGGAAGAGCGCCAGGAAGCUGUACGAACGCGCCCUCAAACUGAGAAAGAACAACCACCACCUCUUCACCACCACCAUAAACAUGAACAACAUGAAUGAUGGCUGGUACGGGGCGCUAAAAGAAACGGUCCAGCAGCAGCAGAAUCAGCUGGUCUGGGUGUCUGAGGGCAAGGCGGACGGCGCGUCUGAAGACGAUCUGGACCUUCACGAUGACCGCCUGUCGUACCUGUCGGCUCCGGGCAGCGAGUACAGCAUGUACAGCACGGACAGCCGCCACACGUCCGACUACGAGGACACGGACACCGAGGGCGGAACCUACACCGACCACGAGCUGGACGAGCCGCUGAACGACGAGCCGCUGAUGGACGACGGGGUCCCACGCCACGCUCCAGCCAUCAGCCGUUCCUCGGAGCCCGUCGUGGAACAGCCUCCUCCCAGCUACGACGCACUCACACACAUCGAUCCGGCCGCCUUCAAAAAAACGCCCGUGUCAAAUCAGAAAGCAGAGCCCGCUCUUCCAGAGCCAGCGCCACCUGCUGCACACCUUAAUGUAGCGCAUCUGAGUUCGGUGGAGGGCAGCAUCGGACCGGGGGCGGCCAUCUUGCCCCCGGCUCCUGAGCCCAGCCAAUCAGAGCCCAAGCAGACGUACCAGACGGAGAUCUACAGCGAGAACCUGGGAGCACGGACGAGCCCUGGGUUAAACCAGCCACCUGUUUACAGCUCCCAGCAGCCUCAGUACCAGGAAGACGCAGCGUACAGAGAUUACGAUCACCAGCCGUACCGUUACGAAGGUCUGUACGCCGACGCCAAGUCUCGUAAUUACGACUCGAACGCACAAGAUCAGUGGCCUGGAUACGAGCGACAAGGCGACUACAGCCCUGCGAGGCCUCGCUACGGAAAGCCCAUGCCGGCGCCUGUCCGUCACGAUGAAGCCCCGCCCACUAUCACACCUGCGCUUUUCGACCAGGAUCCCCUUUCUCCGCCCGCGUCUCGCUCCCCGGAGCCACCCAAACAGUAUUACGAGGCCGCGCCUCCUCCGAGGCCCAACCAGCCUAGAGGAUACGUCAGCUCAGACACCCCGCCCUCUCCCAAAGUCGAGACCCUCCCAGCAGAGGCGGAGACUCUAAACAAGCCCCUCCCACCUCCAGCGGCAGAAGCAGGGGGCGACCCGGCGAUGAAGCCACAGUCUGUUCUGACUCGGGUGAAGAUGUUCGAGAACAAGCGCUCGGUGUCGGUAGACCGCGCCAAAGAGAACAGCGACACCACGUUAAAGUCAGUGGACAUGGUCCCUAAACCAGGAGCUGUCUCUGUGCCCAAAGCGAACUCUCUGAACAGCCUCGAUCAAGAGAAGACUUUCAGAGCCCCCGAGCCCCAGCAGCCUCAGUCGAGACCCAGCGACAUCGUUCGUGCGAAUCAUUACGACCCUGAUGAGGAUGAGGAGUAUUACAGGAAGCAGCUGUCAUACUUUGAUCGUCGUGGUUUUGACACCAAACCUCCUGCACACACACAACCACAGGCUGGGAGUAAAGCAGCACAAGCACAGAGCCAACCAGGGAACAGUUACCCCAGAACUGAGCCAUUGGAGAAGGUCAGUCCUGUUCCCCAGGUAACCCCAGUGGCUCCGCCCCCUACUCUACCCAAGCCUGCUGCUCCCACUCCUCCUCCAGAACCACUCAGCUCUCCCAAAGUCAAACCCCUGGGCCGUGAGGACACGGUGCAAAACUCCUACCUGCCCCAGAAGAGUUUCCCUGAGAAAUGUCCUGUGAACGGCACGGGCGCUCCUCCGCUCCCCUCCAGCUACACCCGCUACAACAUCCCCAAACCGUACACGGCCUCCGCGCGACCCUUCGAGCGCAAAUUCGACAGCCCCAAGUUUAACCACAACCUCCUGCCCAAUAACACCACGGUCAAGGUGGCAUCCAGCAGCCCAGUGAAAGUGCAGCCUGCGGAUCAGGACGGCGGGAUGGACGCGCUCACCCGAGCGCCUAAAUACCAGAACAACAACAUCAACGCUGUGCCCAAGGCCGUCCCUGUCAGCCCGAGCGCUCUGGAGGAUGAUGACGAUGAAGAUAUGCACACGGUCGUCGCUACGGCGCGAGGCAUCUUCAACUCAAACGGUGGCGUUUUGAGCUCCAUAGAGACGGGCGUGAGCAUCAUCAUACCCCAGGGGGCAAUUCCUGAGGGUGUCGAGCAGGAGAUCUAUUUCAAAGUGUGUCGGGACAACAGCAUCCUGCCACCACUCGACAAGGAGAAAGGUGAAACCCUGCUCAGCCCCCUGGUGAUGUGCGGUCCACACGGUCUGAAGUUCCAGAAGCCGGUGGAGCUUCGUCUUCCUCAUUGUGCGUCUAUGACUCCUGAUGGUUGGUCUUUUGCUCUAAAAUCCUCCGACUCCUCGUCGGGUGAUCCCAAGAACUGGCAGAAUAAAUCUCUUCCUGGGGAUCCAAACUACAUGGUUGGAGCAAACUGUGUGUCUGUGCUCAUCGACCACUUCUGAGGACGGACACACACACACACACACACACACACACACUCACACUGCCAUUAGCGAACUGAGCUUUUCAAAGUUUCUAAAAUCAAAAUAUGAAGGAUGUCUGUCUUUUUUUUUUUUUUUUCUUUUCUAAAUAAAUGUUAGAUCCUGAGGCAGGAAGAAAAAAUUUUAUAAUCUAAAAGAUUACUGAGUACUGUUAUUUCCUCCUCCUUCUUUUUCUUCUUUCCUUCUUUGUUUGUCUCCUGCACAAGAAACAAAUACCUUCCCCUGGAUUUCCCUGAACUGCUGAUACGAACUCUCUCCAGUGCACACUGCAGUAUUUAGAGUGACUUUAAUGUAUAAUGGAGCUGUAAAGCUUUAGUCUGUUUCAGUGACGACACACACGCGCACACACACACACACACACACACACACACACACACACACACACACACACGGUAGGUGUUGACGGACGAGAGGAAGUGUAGACAUCGACACGGCGUUUAACAGAAACGCAGGACUGUGACCCAGACUUUAAAAAGAAGGAAAGAAAUCGUACGUGAAACAAAGCACAGAACGUGAACGUGACCCGGUGCUGCUGUUCCCCAAAAACCUCCUAAAAACUCAAUAAGAACGUCACGACGUCACCACGUGUAGCACAGAUUUCCCUACGCUGUGAAGAUCUAUGCAUGUCAGACUCAGGACUCAUGCUCACACUCCUCCUCCUCAUCUUUCCUCUGUUUCUCUCUCUCUCUCUCACUCACUCUCUCACACACACACACACACACAUGCCUUAUUCAAGUUUUUUUUAACUCUGUAUGUUCUUUAUAAGUUAUACGAUAAAAGCAACAAAAUGUUCUGCCUGAAAAUCUCACUCACACACACACACACACACACACCCAGCUCAGUGUACCUGCUAUGCACACGAUUCUGACACGACAAAGAAAAUCAGCUGUAUAUAUAUAAAGCUAACAUGGCCUUUGUUCUUGGUUUGUAAAUGACUUUUUUACAUCUUUAUGGUUUUGUAAGAAAAGAAAAACGUAGGUAGACAAAAAAAAACAACCUUUAAACAAAAUAAAUACAAGUUUAUAUUCCGGUUAUAUCUCGAGCCUUGCAAACUUGUGACUUGAUAUUAAUAUUAAUGUUUCCAUUAAAAAACAAAAACAAACAAAAAAUAUAUCCACACUAACGUCUAAAAAAACCUUUUUUGUUUUUUUUUCCUAAAGGAUUUUAGGCUUUUAUUUUGAAACCAAGAGGAAAGUGCUCAGCUCCAGUUAAACACUUCUGCUCAUUUAUUUUGUAAUGCUGUUUACGUGCCCUGAAAUGUAUUUUUUUACUAAUAGAUGAUCUAUUAUUAUUAUUAUUAUUAUUAUUAUGGCACACCAGUAAGAUUUUUGUUUCCUAUUAAAUAACACGGCUUCAGUUGAACUUUAGAUCUUCACACAGUUUUUUUGUUUUGUUUUGUUUUGUUUUUUGCAGUCCAGGUAUGCCACUAUAUCAAUUAAUAAAUAAAAAUAAUUUUUAAAAUAAA